GAUUUAAUUGAACGCUCCAGAUUACAAAAACCUCGUUCCGGGUCGCGGCCUCUAGGUGGCGACACGGAGCCCCCUUUUCUUGUAAAAACAACAUCUCACCUCCUUUCUUUAGUCCAAGUGCUGGAGCACGUUUGAGUGACCAUGGAGUGCGUUUGCUGUCAUGUAAUUCGGCGUUAACGCGGCGUGGAUAUUGGCAGAGAGAGAGAGAGAUAGAAGGGGGACUCUUUUUUUUCUUUCUCCCCUUUCGCGUGGAUACGAGGAGCCGCAGUCGAGGCCAUGGCUGCACGGGAGGACGGAGAGCUUUUGCACAGUAAAACAAGGCACCGCGACGGCGCUGGAAGUGUAAACAGCUCAGAGGGCUUCAGGAACGGCUACGUGAAGAGCUGCGUCACCCCUCUCAAACAGGACCUCCGACGGGGUUUUUUGUUCAACGCGUGCGGCUUUUGCAACGAAGACCUUCUCAAUUCCACAUGUUUAAAGGUCUCUGCCCUCUACGUCGGCGCGUUCCUCGCCCUCGCGCUUUCUUUCCUCGCUUCCAGGAGCCUGCAAAGUGACCCGCUCUGGGACUUGCGGACUUUCCUGUCGGGCUUCUCGCAGUCCGUCAGCCCGCUGUUCAGCAUCGGCUGCGCGUUCUUCUUCCUGACGUUCUACCUGCGGAGGAAGAAGAAGGAGAGCGGCAGAUGCUGGCUCCUGUCGCUGCCGGCGUCGUGCUACCUCGGGGAUUUUUUGGUUUUGCGGUUUCUGCAAUGGGGGGAGGACCAGCACCAGGUGCAAAUGGCGGGCAGGUUGCUGUUCGUCCUGGGGUGCGUGGGGCUGCUCACGCUGAUCCCCACGCUCAAGCUCAAGCACAGCGUCCUGGUGCUGCUCUUCGCCAGCGUCGUGUGGCUCGUCUCGUUCACGAGCCUGAGCGCUCUGCCCGCGCCGCUCAGGCCGCUCUUCGCCUGCGGCGCCGGGGUCUCGGGCUCCCUGCUGGGGCUCUGCUUCGACCGCUGCUACCCGUCCAGGGAAGCGGCGAGCGGGGCUUCCCCCGCGGAGGAAAAGGUCCCGGUGAUCAGACCCAGGAGGCGGUCCAGUUGCGUCUCGCUGGGGGAGACGUCGACCAGCUACUAUGGCAGUUGUAAAAUGCCCCGCAGGCCGUCGUUGCCCUGUAUAUCCAAAGAACAGAUGAUCUUGUGGGACUGGGAUCUGAAGCACUGGUACAAACCACAGUAUCAGGGCGCAGUGAGCGGCAACGGCGUCGAUCUGUCAGUCAUCAACGAGGCCAGGAACCUGGUGUCGGACCUCCUGAUGGAUUCCUCUCUGACGCCACCCACCGUCUCUGCCCUGCGCAGCAUCUCCAGCCUCAUGGGGACGUUUUCGGGCUCGUGCCGCCCCAGGGUCAACCCCUUCACCCCCUUCCCAGGUUUCUACCCCUGCGAUGAGGUGGAGGACUCUGUGGAGAGGAGUGAAAGGAAAACUAUUAAGGGUCUGAGCAGCAGAAACAGCCUCCCCACCCCUCAGCCAAGGCGGAGCUCCACCUCCUCCACGUGCUCUGCACUCUCUUCUCUCGACUCCGCCUCUUUACGCUGGGAACGCAACACUGGCAAGAGACCCCACCCUGAACUCAACUUGACCAGCUCAGGCCUGUCUAACGGGCCCAAUCCAAACCUGCUCACCAUUCCCAAGCAGAGGUCUUCCUCGGUUACUCUCACCUACCAUGCUGGGUCCAGGAGAGCAGGCGCAUCUCCCAGCCUGAGCCCCGUGUCCUCACCCAGCCACAGUCUGCUCACAGCAGGCACGGGUUCCUUGUUGACCUCUGUCACUCGAUCACCUGUGGAGUUCCCAGACACUGCUGACUUCCUGACGAAGCCGAGCGUCAAUCUCAACCUGCACAAGCCCUCGGGAUACACCCAAGGGCUCGUGGGUAGCUCCGCCUAUCCACUGUGCACCAGUUGUGGUCGUCAGAUGCUUAAGGGAGGAUCCGGGGGUGAAACGGGUGAAUCCUAUCAACCGUUUAUCAGUGAGGCUCAACGCAGGCGCUCAGCGGCUGAAGGGUUGGACUUCACAGGAGAGCCUCUUAUCAGGGAGGAGAGCCUGGAGGGGGACGCGUCUGUGGACGUUGCAGAGAACCAGCGGCCGGCGGAGGAGGAGAAGGAGAAGAGCUGCAGCACAGACCAGCGGACUCAGGAAUCAGAGGGUGAGAGGGAGUUCAGACUAGAUCCUAUGCUGGAGGACCAUGAGGCUCUCAUGCAACGGAUGAAUACCUGGAACUUCCAGAUAUUUGACCUGGUGGACAGAACAGGAGGGAAGAGCGGAAGGAUACUCAGCUAUGUGACAUACACCCUUUUCCAGGACACCUGUCUGUUUGAAAUUUUCAAGAUCCCUGUGAGGGAGUUCAUGACAUACUUCUGUGCUCUGGAAAGUGGCUACAGGGACAUUCCCUAUCAUAACAGGGUCCAUGCUACUGAUGUGCUCCAUGCUGUCUGGUACCUGACCACUCGACCAAUCCCUGGGUUCCAGCAGAUCCACAGUGAGCAUGUGACAGGAAGUGACACAGAUUCAGAUAGCGGGAUCUCUCCGGGCAGGAUAUCCUACGCCUCCUCCAAAAGCUCCUCGAUUUCAGAUGACAGCUAUGGCUGCCUGGCCUGGAACAUUCCCGCCCUGGAGCUAAUGGCCCUUUAUGUAGCAGCUGCAAUGCACGAUUAUGACCAUCCCGGUCGUACAAAUGCCUUUCUAGUAGCCACUAAUGCAUCUCAGGCGGUGCUGUACAAUGACAGGUCGGUGCUGGAGAACCACCACGCUGCGUCUGCCUGGAGCCUCUACCUGUCCCGGCCCGAGUUCAACUUCCUGGUCAACUUGGAUCAUGUGGAGUUCAAGCGGUUUCGCUUCCUCGUCAUCGAGGCUAUUCUGGCCACAGACCUCAAGAAGCACUUUGACUUCCUGGCCGAGUUCAAUGGCAAGGUGAACGAUGUGAACAGUCCAGGAAUUGAUUGGACCAAUGAGAACGACAGGAUGCUCGUGUGCCAAGUGUGUAUUAAGCUGGCAGACAUCAAUGGUCCGGCCAAAGUUCGUGACCUGCACCUGAAGUGGACGGAAGGGAUCGUCAAUGAAUUUUAUGAACAGGGUGACGAGGAGUCUAGGUUGGGAUUACCCAUCAGCCCCUUCAUGGACCGCUCCUCUCCACAAUUGGCAAAGCUACAGGAGUCCUUCAUCACUCACAUUGUAGGACCCCUUUGUAACUCCUACGACGCCGCUGGCCUGCUUCCCGGCCACUGGAUUAAUGAAGAGGGCUCAGAUGAAGACAACGAGGAUGGGCAGGUGGACACAGACACAGAUGAAGAUGAGGACGAUGAGCUGGAGGAUGAGCUAGCACCAAAAAGGAGGAAGAGCCGCCGCAGGUUGUUUUGCAGCAUCAUGCAGCACCUGACGGAUAAUCACAAGGUGUGGAAGAAGACCAUAGAGGAAGAGGAGAAGAGCAAAGAGCUCGGAAAGCAGCAGCAGCAGCUGGACGGCCUCCUCCCCAUCCUGCCGGCCAGCCUGCCAAGCUCCCCGUCAGAUGACAUCCAGGUGAUCCAGGAGGAGGAGGAGGGAGAGGAGCGUCAGUAGCAUUGGGAACGAAGGGAAGAACAGAGACGCGUGAGGAAGAAGAGGAGAGGCUGUGCAAGGACAUGGGUCCCUCAACCACCUGCCUUUCUACAACACAAACACACGUGAGACAUACAAACACACAGACAGUUGACACAUGCACAUGAAACACACUUUACUCCCUCCCUCUCUCUCUUUGCUCUCUCCCUCUUUCUGACACAAAUACACACACAUCAAAAGAUUCACUGUGCAGACACUCAAGAUGCUCAAGCAGUCACAUUGUUUUUGGAGAAACAAAAAGGCCUUACUACUGUGAGCGGAUCCUCGCUGCAACGGUGGGAGUCCAACUCUUAUGCACUUUCACCCCACGGAGAGUCAAGUGCACCCAGAAGAAAAGCACCGGAGCCGAGGCGGAAAAAGUGCAGAAGAAGAAGAAGAAGAAGAAGAAGAAGAGUGUGAACAGGGUCCAGCAUUGACUUUGCCUCCUUGGUGACCUGGCUGUGAUGCUGCCUUGAAUAUAAAGCGCUUACACCUCCCUUAGGUACAAAACAAUUACUGUCUAUUUAAAAAUGAACGGUGGAGAAAUGAGGAAAGAUAAUGAAGCAAGCGACAUGAUUAAGUGAUAGAUACCCUUUACCAAAGCAAACCAUUCAAACACGGAAAGAGACCGAGACUGUUUCAGCCUCAAUGUCAGGUAUAUUUUUGAAUGAUAUAUAUAUAUAUAUAUAUACACAUGUGUGUGUAUAUAUAUAUAUGUAUACAUGUAUAUAUACACACAUAUAUAUAUAUAUAUAUAUAUAUAUAUAUAUAUAUAUAUAUAUAUACAUAUCUAUGAAAUGUGCCUGCCUGAUUUUAAAUGAGUCCAUAUUGGCCCCAGAGCCUCGGCUUGUGUAGUUCUCUCUCCUUGCUGGCGACACAAAACACUGUAUCAGACUCAGUCACAGAGACAUUAUUGAAAUGUUGACUGAUUAAUAGCAUUAUAUCUGCAUCAUUUUUGAUGCUUUUACUCAUGUGUACCACACGUCUUUUUUUUGUUGUUGAGAUUUUUAACUCUCCUUGCUUCAUUUUGUUUUGAGUGUGUGAAUAUUUUUGGCGGGAAUGUGAUAGAGAGAAUGAGUAGGGAGAAAGAGAGCACAUUUUUAAUUAUUAAUAUGUAAUUCCUUUGUGUACUAUUUGUGUGUCCUCUGGUGUUUUAACAUUGAGAUCAGGAGCACCGAAUGGAGUUUUCAUAUUCCUAUUUUGAUUCAAAAUACUAUUUUAUAGGUUACUCAGGAUUCACUCAAAGUUGAAUAGUUAUUUUGCCAGAAUUAAUGUCAUUAUGAAAUUCACUUUAAAAUGUAAGACAAUUUAAAUCAGGGUGACUGAGGUAGUUUGUAAUCCUUCGAAUGAACAACUUGAGUACAAACAAAUCCAGAGGAGCAUAUAGUACGUGCUGUCUCUCGGCCAUUACAUACACUGUUUGCAUAACCUUUUUGCAACCUCACUGGAGAAGAGCUUAUCUCGGGUUUUUAGCAGACUGCGAACGUCUCCCCUGCAGCAAAACGGUUUUGCAGUUCUACAACAGUUCAUUAGGGAAUUUCUUGUUCAAUGUUCAAUCUUCUCUGUUCGUAAGGAAACAGUACAUAUUUAUUAAUCUGCGUGUCAAUCAGCAGGCUAACAGAUGUUUAGAUGAAUUGAAAGCUCACCUAACUCUCCUUUUUUUUCCCCUCAUCAUUUGUUUGUUUUUGCCAAACCCAGGGAUCCCGGCUUCAUUUGACUUUAUAUGUGAUAUAUAUUGUGUGUGUGUGUAUAUAUGUAUUUAUAUAUAUAUAUAUAUAUAUAUAUAUACACGCACACACAAUAUUAAUAAGCUCUCUGUUAUUGUUUAAAGAAACUCUUGGCAUUCCACUAGAAUAAAAUGUUUAAUGAAAAGGAAGGCAGAAUCUGUGCCUAGUUCCUUUAUCACUAUUAUAAAAUCAAUCUCUGGAGACAAUGUUAAGAAGUGAAAAUCAACAUAGUAAUAUUUAAAGACAAAACAAUAGAUACAGGGGUGCACAUUUUAAUACCAAACAAGUGUUUAGCCGCUGUACAAAAAAGAGUAUGUGCAUAUAAAUAUAUAUUUUUUAAAUAAUCAAAAUGAAUGCAUUCGUUUUCUACACACAGCUGACAUGUUGUAUAUUGAGAUCCUGUAAUUACCAUUCUGUUUCCAGAGUUUUUAUCUACUUCUAUUUACAGGUGUAGAACUGUGGGGUUUGGUGUUUUGAUUUAGAUUUUUCACUUGGUUUCGGCCUCUCGCCGUUCUGUCUAAUAACCACUCUCGUGUUCUUCAUUAUCUCUCUGUAUCGCCGUUGUCUCAGUCGACCCGACCCGUGCCGCGCUUCACCUACACGCCGUCGUUUGUGUGGGCUUUUGAUACGCGGACGGGCAAAAUAUCUGCGGGCUCCAGUACUGUUCAUGUGAGAGAAACAUCUCGAGUCAAAUAUCUCUCCAGGCUCUUACGUGGCAGCGAGGGCGACCAUAUGCGUCCUGACAACUCUUUCAUUAGUUUAUUUUCACAUGGAGCCACCCUGGAUCGUAAAUCCUCGAUGGCUCCCGUCCCAUCGGACUCCGGCUCAUUAAGCGGCGAAAGGUUUGUUGGCUUCUUACUUUGCAGUCUUUUCAAACCACAGUGUCCUCUGAUGAUUGUGCCAUAAAUACAUCUAUGAAUGGUUGUCAUCCUUAUGUAGCAUCAAUAUACGUAUGUUUGUCUAAUGUAACCAUUCGCCCUUAUCUACAUUGUGGGGGCAACUGAUUUUUGUUGUUAUUUAUAGAUGUCAUAAAACACCAUCCCUAAAGUAUCA